CAUUUGAAUUAUAAUUUUGUUCUGCUGGUUUUAUAGGAGAAGGCCACGGAUGCAGAAUUACAGCCAAUAGAGAAGGUUCAUGUUCUUGUCGAUCAAUACCUCAUAACUCUUCAAUAGAUUUCCGUCUUCUAUUCCAUUUUACACAUAUUCAGAUUCUAACUACUUUUAACUGUCACCUCGAUCUCUUUCUCUCUAAUCAAACCUCAACUCAAGUGUUUUUCUUCAGUCCACCACGCGGAUACAUUUCUUUGGAACUCCAUAAUCAAUUCCCAUCUUCUCCAAUGGUCGUUACCAUCAAGCUCCUGAUUUCUGAAUUAGGUUCGGCUUCGGAUUGAGUCCCACCGAAGCUCGUGUUUUGUUUUUUUUGGAAAUGAAGCUUGUGUAUUUAUACGGUACCAUGAACAUAGAUAUACAUUGAUUUGACAAAGUUGACACUGGUGCUCCCACAUUCGAGAUGGCAAUGGUCCCUCUCAAAUCAAACGGUGAAAGGCCACGUAACGUUACUAGCGUAUGUAUGGAAUCGGAGCGCUCUCAGACCCCUCAACCCUCCCCAGCACUAAGCUGAACCAGCGCCAAAGCUAAAUCCUUAGCUUCUUCUUCUUCUUCUUCUUCAAAGCUUGCUUUUGUCUAUUCUCUCAACCAGGCAGCCCAUUCUUCAUCCAGUAAGGCUCUCACUUUGCAGAAAGCUCGUCGCUGAAGAUAUAUUUAAUGGCAAUGUUACCUACCAGAAGUGCGGUGUUUAAUCAAUGGGGCAUUUGUCCUCAGCCUAUGAUCAAGUUCCGUACCACUAAUAAGUUGUUGACCUCCCAAUGCUGGUUUUGUUCUGAUGCUUUAAUAAAAGGCCACAGAUGCAGAGAAAAAUCGCCAAUAGAGAGGUCUAUGUUAUUUUCCAUCAAACCCGUCUGCCUUUUCAAAAGAUUUCCCUCUUUGCUUCCAUUUUCCCACUAUUCAGCUUCUAACUACCUUAACUGUCACGUCGAUCUCUUCGUCUCCAACCAAACCUCAAAUUUCGAAUGUCUUCUCCAAUCCCAUGCCCUCACACAACUGGAAACUCCAACAGUGUCUUUAUAGCAACGAAGCUCAUCUCUCUCUGUGCAUUUCUUGACAAACCCACAUUUUCAACUCUAGUUUUUUCUUUGGUCCACCACAAGGAUACCUUUCUUUGGAACUCCAUAAUCAAAUCCCACUUCUCUAAUGGUGGUUACCAACAAGCAGCUUGAUUUCUUUCAACAAAUGCAAGCCUCGAAUUUUUAUUUUUUUUCCUACCAAUUUUUCUCUUCCUAUGGUUGCUGCUAUGUGUGCCAAGCUAGAUUUGGUAGACAAUGGCAAAAACCUUCAUGGGCUGGCUUCAAAACUUGGGCUUUCCUCAAGUAAUGUGGCAGUUGGGUCUUCUUUUUUAUACAUAUACUCAAAGUGCUGAAUGGAGGAUGCAUCUUUCAUGUUUGAGGAAAUUACUGUGCAUUCACUAGCACAGGCUUAGUAGUCAUAGGAAUUUUGUGGUUAUGAAUCUCAGUUGUGAGGCUUUCAGCUUAUUGGAAUCUUGCGAGGAGUUAUUAUCCAGAUGUAAACAUGAGAAGGCCAUGGAUGCAGAAAUAUAGCCAAUAGAGAAGGUCCAUGUUCUUUUUUAUCAAACCAACCUACCUCUUCAAAAGAUUUCCCUCUUCUCUUCCAUUUUCCACCUAUUCAGCUUCAAACUACUUUAACUGUCACCUCAAUCUCUUUGUCUCCAACCAAACCUCAACUUUCCAAUGUCUUCUCCAAUCCCAUGCCCUCAUAAUCACGACUGGCAAUUCCAACAAUGUCUUUGUAGCAUCAAAGCUCAUUUCUCUCUAUGCAUUACUUGACAAACCCACAAUUUCAACUCAAGUGUUUUCUUCAGUCCACCACAAGGAUACCUUUCUUUGGAACUCCAUAAUCAAAUCACACUUCUCCAAUGGUGCUUACCAACAAGCUCUUGAUUUCUUUCAAAGAAUGCGAGCCUCAUAUUUUUCGCCCAACCAGUUUACUCUUCCCAUGGUCGUUGCUACGUGCACUGAGUUAGGUUUGGUAGACAGUGGCAAAAACCUUCAUGGAUUGGCUUCAAAACUUGGGCUUUUCUCAGGUAAUGUGGCGGUUGGGUCUUCUUUUGUGUACAUGUACUCAAAGUGCAACCAAAUGGAGGAUGCUUCUUUCAUGUUUGAGCAAAUUGCUGUGAGAGAUGUGGUCGCUUGGACUGCACUUGUUAUUGGGUAUGUGCAGAAUGAUGUAGGGUGGAAGGCUUUGGAAUAUCUUUGCAGGAUGCAUAGGAUAGGUGGCGAAGGUGAGAGACCGAAUUUUAGAACAUUGGAAGGUGGAUUUCAAGCUUGUGGGAAUCUUGGUGCUUUAGAAGUUGGUAGAUGCUUGCAUUGCUUUGCGGUGAAAACUGGAAUUGGGUGCUCAGAAGCUGUUAAGUCUUCGCUUCUGUCUAUGUAUUCCAAGUGUGACACACCUGAUGAAGCUUAUUAUUCCUUUUGUGAAGUAAUCAACAAAGAUCUUCUCUCAUGGAUGUCUAUUAUUAGUGUUCAUGCCAGAUCUGGGUCGAUGAAUAAAUGCUCAACUUUGUUUUGGGAAAUGCUGGUCAGUGAAAUAAAUCCUGAUGAAAUUGUUAUCAGUUGCAUGCUUUUAGGUUUUGGUAAUUCCAUGACUUCCUAUGAAGGAAAGGCCUUCCAUGGAUUAAUCACGAGGCGUUCUUAUGUACACAGUGAUAUGAUUCACAAUGCGUUAUUAUUCAUGUACUGCAAGUUUGGAUUCUUGACUCUUGCAGAGAAGAUCUUUAAUAGAAGUGGAAAAUGGACCAAAGACACUUGCAGCAGUUUGAUAUCUGGCUAUAACAAAAAAGGGCUCCAUGCAAAAUGCAUAGAAUUAUUUAGAGAAAUGCAACAUCAAGGCAUUGAAGCUGAUCCAAACUGUCUUGUCUCAGUGAUUUCUUCGUGUUGCCAAUUGGGAGCAGUCUAUCUUGGGUGGUCACUUCAUUGCUAUGUAAUUAAAAGUUCUAGAGAUGAGAAUAUCUUGGUUUAUAAUUCACUCAUAGACAUGUAUGGAAAGAGUGGUAAUUUGACAAUUUCAAAGAGAAUAUUUGAUGGGGUACAGGGAGAUACUAUCACAUGGAACACAUUGAUCUCGUCUUACAUAGAAAAUGGAAAGUUUUCUGAGGCAAUAGCUAUAUUUGACAAAAUGAUCUCACAGAACUUGAACCCAAACUCAGCAACACUGGUGAUGGUGCUUUCAGCUUGUUCUCAUCUUGCAUUCCUGAAGAAAGGACAAGAGGUUCACCAUUACAUUAUGCAAAGAGGGCUUGACAUCAAUCUAUCGCUUGCCACAGCAUUAGUUGAUAUGUAUUCGAAAUGCGGCCAACUUGAGCAAUCAAGAGAAUUGUUCGACUCAAUGAAGGAGAAAGAUGUUAUCUCCUGGAAUGUUAUGAUCUCAGGCUACGGGAUGCAUGGGCAUGCAAAAUCUGCAAUAGAAAUGUUCCAAGAAAUGGAAGCUGCCAAUCUUAAACCGAAUGAACUCACCUUCCUUGCUCUGCUUUCCGCAUGUAAUCAUUCAGGGCUUGUUGAAGAAGGGAAGUAUCUGUUUUCUAAAAUGCAAGAUUAUUCUCUGAAACCCAAUUUAAAGCAUUAUGCUUGUAUGGUAGACCUUCUUGGUAGGUCAGGUAAUCUGCAAGAAGCUGAAGCUUUGGCUUAUUCAAUGCCCAUUUCUCCUGAUGAUAAGGUAUGGGGUUCUUUGCUAAGUGCUUGUAAUAUUCACUGUGAAAUUGAGAUGGGAGAAAGAGUUGCCAGGCAUGCUAUGGAGUCUGACCCAGAAAAUGAUGGUUAUUAUAUAAUGCUUUCAAAUAUGUAUAGUUCCAUGGGAAGGUGGGAGGAAGCUCAACAAGUGAGAAAAUUGAUGAAGGAUAAGGGUGUAGGCAAGGGAGCUGGUUGGAGUGUGGUGUAGUAAUUCAAUGAGAACACUUUUUUUUUUUUUUUAUUAUGAUUAUUAUUAUUAUUAUUAUUUUAAAGUUUCAAAAGCCAUCUACCUA